AAUAGUUAAAUACUAAUCAGUGGUGGACUAGUGUCUUUUGAGACUGAGUCCCCAAUUUUACUACUAUUAUGUAACGCAUGGGACAAAAUGGACUGCAUUUAUUUUUAAAAAUUUGUUAUUGGUUGGUAACCGUUAGAAACUACUGAGCCAAAAGCUUCCUUCCUUCCAGUAUCAUAUACAUUCCAAAAGUAAUUAUCCAAAACCCAAACAUAAAAAUGUGAGAGGCCAGGCCAUUUGCACACCACCAUCUACUCUUCUUCUCAAACACUACACUGCAACCACCUUCUCUCCCACGUCACAACCAUUCAAAGACUACCGUCCAACACCCAAUAGCAACACAUGCAGAGAUGAACAUCUCCAUUCCAAAACUCUCUCUCAUUCUCAGGCCCUUCCUUCUCUCUCUCUUUCUCUCUGUUUCAGCCCUCACUUUCAUAGCUUCCCUAACUCCCCACCACCGCAGAAUAACUGUCACUUCCCAACAGCCUACCAAAACGCCGCCCAUCUCUGUCGCUAACUCCACUGGAGACCUCCGCAUCCGACCCGGAUAUUCCUCUUACAAUGCAUACAUCCAGCACCAACUCAACAAGAGCCUCAACCCCAAACUCCGCCAAAUUUGGAAAACCCGCGAUUGGGACCGUAAAGUUCGCGUCUUUGCCCAGUUUUUUGACUCCUUAAGGCAAAGGAACCACUUAUUCAACACUUCAAAGGCCCUAUCCAUCGGAGCACGUGUCGGGCAGGAGGUGGAGGCGCUGAGACGCAUCGGUGUCUCCGACUCCAUCGGAAUGGACCUGGUGCCGUGUCCGCCACUGGUGGUGAAAGGAGACUUCCAUGCACAGCCGUUCGAGAACGAAACUUACGAUUUUGAGUUCUCAAACGUAUUUGACCACGCUCUGUAUCCAUGGAAAUUUAUUGGGGAGAUCGAACGGACGUUAAAGGGAGGGGGUGUAUGCGUUCUACACGUGGCGUUAUCGCGACGGGCAGAUAAGUACUCGGCGAAUGAUUUGUACAGUGUGAGGCCAUUGGUGGAGCUGUUCAAGGAGUCGGAGUUGGUAGAGGUAAAGAAGGUGGAUGGUUUUGGGCUGGACACCGAGGUGGUCUUUAGGAAAAAGCGAAAGAGCAAUCUGCGGGUUGAUUGAUUUUUACCUUUCCUUAAAUUAUUAUUAUUUAUUUGUUCUCUCCCUGUUUUUAGUUGAACACAUGAAUAAGUAUUAUUGGGUUUUAUUUGUUGAUAAAUGAUUAUCAUGUGCUUGCCACU